AUGCAAGGGACGCGAUGCUAUAACUGCAAAAAAGAGGGACACCUAGCGCGUGAAUGUCCGCUACCCAAGGAGAACCGAGUACACCUUCGCGCGGCGCAUACCGCGGUAUCUGAAGACGACGAAAAGGGAUCAGACAGGGAUGACAACACACCUGAGCAGGAACCCACCGACAAGCAGAAUAGUGGUGAUGAAGACGCAUAUACCGAGGUUGAGGUCAUGAACUCUGACCGGUAUAAGGAGUACUCAUCAGACAAUGAGGAUAAUAUGUAUGCUAUGAGGAUCAUAGGGUUGGACGAGGAUACGCACCAUGAUGGCACACAGAUACCCCAAGUGGGUCAUGACACAAUGAUAAAGGAUAAUGAUAGCGGACUGGAGACAACAGACGAGGCUUUCCCAGACCUAUACUCCGUCCCGGCUUCGAAUGAUGAAGGAGAAUGCGCUCAGUAUAACACUGCAAUGACAGAGACACCUGAACGAAGCGCUAAGAACUACGAUGAGGCGAGAAUGCGUAAAAGCCGCGUACGCCCGCGGGUCAAGACAGAACACAAGGUUUGCCUGGCUACCUAUACAAAUGUGGGCGGUGUGGAUGCCUGGACACUUUGGGACUCAGGCAGCACCACGUCAGGCAUCACCCCAACGUUCGCACAAAUCACGAACAUCGCUGUUGACACGUUGCUAGACCCCCAUAUACUACAGCUGGGAACGACGGGUAGCAGGUCAAUGAUCAAGUAUGGGGCCGACGUCACUGUAAUGGUGGGGAACACAACCACAAAAACAUACCUUGACGUGGCCAACUUUGAUCGAUACGACAUGGUUGUGGGAACGCCAUUCAUGUACCAGAACAAGGUAGUACUUGACUUUGAGAAAAGAGAGGUGCGGGUGAACGGCACAAAGAUCCCAGCAGUGAUAGUGCCACAUCCUGACUCCAACUUGAGGCUUCGCCGCCAGAGGAUCACCAAUAAAGCCACUCAGGAGAAAGCAACAGUGGAGGAUGUGGCCGAGAAAGAGGAGCAGCACGUCGGAGAGAAGUUGAGCAGUGAUGAUCCGCGCAUCCUGCGCAGCGUAGACGACAACAACGAGGGCAUGAUAAGGAAAAAUGAACCUAGGAAAACUACAAAAAAACCAACUGAGAGACAACACCGCGAUAACAUACACAAUGCAAAGUGGGUGGCAAAACAACAAGUAAAGGACCGACCUAAACAGAAAACCAACCCCACAUUAGACACGCCACCUGAAAGACCACGAGAAUACUGCCAGCCUACUUUGUCCAGAGUGAAAGUUGAACGUUGA